AUGAUGAACUACGGUCGAAACGAGGUCGGCGCCCUCAGCCAGUUCCGUCGGUCCGGCGGUCUGCCGUCGGCCACGGAGGCGCCGCCGAACCUUCAUCGACGGGAGGCCCCUCCUCGGCAAGAGAGUACGUGCUUCGACCUCGGCGUCGACCGGCACGCCGCGGCUGGACCGCAACGUCGUCCGUUCCGCGUGCCGCCUCCGCCGUCGCCGGCGCGGUCGGCCGGUAGCGCUCGCGAUUACCAAGAUCAGCUACACCUCGCUGCCUCGAGUGCGGUCCUUCUGAAGCGCUUGCAGCAGGGCAGCAAGGAAGGCCUGACCUCGGUGCUCGUCACGCUCGCGCUGUGCGUUUUCAUCGGACUCAUCGUGUCUGCCGUGCUCGCCACGAGCCGGCGGCUGGUCGCGGGAAACGAUCCUGAUCCGGGCGCAACCGAGGCCGCCGCCGGCCUCAUGCUACAGGCGCCGGCGAUCGCGCCUCCUGUGGUCACCGGCAGCCAAAAGAAACGCGGUGCCGACAGCGGUGCGGAUGGAACGGCGACGGAUGUGCGCCAGCGGGCUUUGGGCGCCGACGCAGGACGGCGCCGAAACGCGACUGCACAGGCGUCCUGGUUCGACAAGCUGGAGGAGCGGGAAUGGACGGUGGACCUCAACUCCAGUCUAACCGUGGAGUCGGAGAUUCCAGCGACCGUUAGCCACAACGGGUCAACUACCGCAUCCGCAAAGCGGCAGCUGCUGACAUGACCCAUGGUACUGCACGGAUGUAACGUCCACGCCGCCAUAUGCUACGGAUUCGUGUAUACAUCGGACGUCGUGUUCACAAGAUUGACCUCGGCCUCAAAGCCACGUCUGUUUAUUAGCGAAAAUACAUUAUAUGUUGAAA